AUACAUUAGUUAAUAUUUUAGAAAGGCCGUACAAGACGAAAAAGCAAGAAAGAAAAUUAUCAGAAAAUGGGAUAAUGACGCAAUGACACUUGAAAUUGGAAUUCAGAUUGAUUGCUAACCUAAUAGAUGGUUGUACCAUUUCAAAAAUUAAAUAUACGGUGGCGUUUGAAAAGCUGCUUGAUCGAUAACGAAGAAACUUAUAUAAGAGCGAGAAAAAAAGAAAAAGUGAGAGAGAAAGAAGAUAUGCGCAGUCUCGCUGCAAAAGUUGGACUAUGGUAGACAAACGGAAGGAUCCUUCUAUUCAUCUCAGAAUUCGCAUUCCAGUAUUUAGUGUAACUUCGCCUGCUGGCGGUUAAUUAGUCUAUGUUUCUCUGCUCUAUUCGUGGAACUAUCACGGUUAUUGAGUGUAUAAGAAAUUAUUACGGGCGCGUCAUUGUUUCUCGAAAAAAAUCGUAUAUUGGGGUAAGUCAAGGGCGAUGUAUGCAUGAAAUUCGUGGGUUUGCGAGACAGCCCCCAUAAAAGCUGAUUCCAGACGUUAAAAGACAGCGGAAACCGCGCGCAUCAAAUAAGGGCCUGAGAGUUGGCCUACUAUAGACAUGCGCAGAAAUGUGAAAAUAGUGCUACUGUUUUCGUGCGUUUGGAUGUCUGGUUUUGUUUAUUAUUAUCACAGCAUCAAAGACAAUAAGAAUGAAAAUAGAGCCUUGCGAUUAAAAGAACCUGCUUCUUUGGAAUUUUUAAUUGAAAAUUCUGGCGACUUCGCAGAUCUAGGCCGAACCACCAUUAUUGUGUCCUCUGAACUUUUAUUUUCACCUUCUGUCGACCCCCAACUAAGUUGGAAUUAUUUUGAUGAACAAGGAUAUAUCUCAAGAGGUGGCUUAAAAGCUGGAGAAGAUCCAUACGCUAGAAACAAAUUUAAUCAAGAAGCCUCAGAUAGCCUUCCAAGUAAUCGUAAUAUUCCUGAUACACGUAGCCCAAUGUGUCGACUAAAGCAAUGGAGAAAGGAUCUUCCACCAACUUCUGUGAUUAUUACUUUUCAUAAUGAAGCUCGUUCGACUCUUCUACGUACAGUUGUUAGCGUAUUGAAUAGAAGCCCAGAACGCUUAAUUAAAGAGAUUAUCUUGGUAGAUGACUUUAGCGAUCAUGCAACAGAUGGCGAAGAGUUAGCAAAGAUUCAUAAAGUACGUGUAAUCAGGAAUGAUAGACGUGAAGGCUUGAUGAGGUCAAGAGUAAGAGGAGCAGAUUCCGCAACGGCGAACGUACUGACAUUUCUGGAUUCACACUGCGAAUGCAAUGCUAAUUGGUUGGAGCCUCUCCUCGAAAGGGUCGCUGAGAAUCCAAGUAGAGUUGUCUGUCCUGUUAUUGAUGUUAUUAGCAUGGACAACUUCCAAUAUAUCGGUGCCUCGGCAGAUUUAAGGGGUGGUUUCGAUUGGAGUCUCGUAUUCAAAUGGGAAUACCUCAGUCAUAUUGAGCGUCAAGCACGCCAAAAAGAUCCGACUCAAGCGAUAAGAACACCAAUGAUAGCCGGCGGACUUUUUGUUAUAAAUAAAAAGUAUUUCGAAAAAUUAGGAAAAUAUGAUACACAAAUGGAUGUGUGGGGAGGUGAAAAUUUAGAAAUUUCAUUUCGAGUAUGGCAAUGCGGAGGGAGUUUGGAGAUCAUUCCGUGCUCAAGAGUUGGUCAUGUAUUUCGUAAACGUCAUCCAUAUUCCUUCCCUGGCGGAAGUGGAAACGUAUUUGCGCGCAAUACUAGACGUGCAGCCGAAGUUUGGAUGGAUGACUACAAACAGUUUUAUUAUAAUGCUGUGCCCUUAGCGCGUAACAUUCCAUAUGGCAAUAUACAUGACAGAAUGGAGUUGAAAAAUAAAUUGCAUUGCAAGUCAUUUAAUUGGUAUUUAAUGAAUGUUUAUCCAGAAUUAAUCAUUCCAACGAGUGAAGAAAGAUUAAGUAGUUCUUUUAAACAAGGAACGGCCUGUUUAGAUAGCAUGGGUCAUCUUCUUGAUGGUAGCGUCAAUCUUUAUCCUUGUCAUAAUACGGGUGGUAAUCAGGAAUGGGGUUUAACGAAGGAGGGGCUUAUAAAGCAUCACAAUUUCUGUCUGACGUUGCCGGUUUAUGCCAAAGGCACCUCCUUACUUAUGCAGAUCUGCAACAAUAGUGAGAACCAGAAGUGGCGUCAUUUAGAGGGCGGUCUAAUACGUCACGUCCGGAUUCCAGUAUGCAUUGACUCGAAACAUCAUAAGCAGCGAAGUAUUACUGUAGAGAAGUGUGACUCAAACGCUGAAAGUCAGAGAUGGCAUCUUUACGAUCGCAGCCAUUAGCGUAGCAUUUAUAUUUCCAGUAAUGCGAGUCUAACUUUAAACACAGAUUUAUGCUUUGGAAGAUGUAUAAAAGAGUGAAAAUUAAUUGAGAUUUGUUUUAAAUAAAAAAUCUCAUGUUAUU